GUAGAUAGCAGAGACUUCAGUAUCAUGUAUUGUGUCAGGGGUUGGGCGAUUAGAUGCCGGGCAAGCGAUGACAAGUUUUCUGCUCGAAGGACCGAACAUCGAACUUGUCGCCCAGACCCUCGCAGCACACAGCUAUUCUUUCAAACACGCUUUAUACAAAAACGAUCAUUGCACGUUCACGAAAACCACGAUAAGACUCUGACACUCAAGAAUGGCUCCGACCCAAGCGGGCCACGACACAGCCUACCUCAAAGAGACCGUAGGCGAGGCCCUCGCUCGGGGAUGCGCAGCCGCUAUUAGCGCACAGCCAAACGACCCCGUGGAGUAUCUGGGCCUAUGGCUGCUCAAAUACGUGAAAAAUGCUGAAGUAGAAGGGAACUUUUAUCGCGAGCGGCAACAGGAUUUGCAAAAGAAGAAGGACCGACUGGUCAAGGAGGCGCAGUCGGAGCAGGCAGCCAAGUCAGUCGCGCUCACGCGCAAGGAGGCCGCGGACGCGCUGGCGCUGGUGACCGCCGAGCCGCGCGAGCUACUGGAGGCCGCGGUGAAACUGGUCAAGCAGCACACAGCCGCAGGCGCAGCAUAUGCCGCCGUGGUAGCAGAGCCUGAGGAGCCGGACUGGGUGGCGCCAGAGGACGACGAGGCGGCGGCAGUGGAGACGGAGGACGAGGCCGCCGGCGGCGCCGCGCUCGCAGAGGGCGAGGAGCCGCCGCCGGAGCCCGAGCCGGAGCCGGAAGCGGCGCCGGAGGACGGCGAGGGCGAUGCGCCCGCGCCCAAGAUUCCGCGCCCCGUGGACUACAGCAAGAAGUACUUUGCCUACGUGGCCGCCAGUGCGGGGCAGGAGCACGUGCUUGAGGCCGACCUGUACCGCCCCGCGCCGCCGCCCGAGGACGCCGACGAGGACUUCAAGCCCGAGCCGCUGCCGUACAGCUUCCGCGUGCUGGACGAGAAGCUGCCCAUGCUGUAUGUGCCCAACGUGGCCGCCGAGGAGCGCGUCAAGUUCUUCCGCAAGUUCCCCAAGAUAGGCUCCUACCAGGCCUGCGGCGUUGCGCUGCCGGCCAGCGGCGAGUUCAAGGCGCUGCUGGCGGCGGACACGCUGUUCCCGGAGGGCUCGGGCCAGCCGCUGAGUGCCGACGACCGCGACUUUGUGUGGGAGGUGUCGCAGUCGCUCAGCCGCGCGCUGGAGGCGGUGCAGGCGCGUGCCGCCGAGGCGCUGGCGGCCACCUCCGCGGCGGAGGCGGUGGAGGAGCUGAAGGCCAAGGUGGCGGAGCUGCGCGAGCAGGCGGCGGCAGAGGCCGCGGCGGCGGCGCCGCCGCCGCCUGCCGAGGGCGAGGAGGGUGAGGGCGAGGCGCCGCCGGCGGAGGAGGAGCCACCGGCGGAAGAGGAGGCGGAGGAGGAGGAGGAGGAGGCCGAGGAGGGGGCGGAGGAGGGUGCUGAGGAGGGCGAGGAGGGUGAGGAGGCGCCGCCCAAGCCCAAGAAGAAGAAGAAGGUGUUCAACCCCAUUCCCGGGCUGCAGGCCGCCAUUGAGAAGCUCACGGCCGCGGCGGAGGCCGCUACCGAGGCCGACGCGCGGGCGCAGGCCGCCGUGGCGCUGGAGAAGCAGGCGCUGGAUGAGGUGGUGGCGUUGGCGAGCUCACACUCGGACGCGACGCUUUCCAGCCUGCGCAACAUGCUGAGCGUGCCGCAGGGCACCUACCACGUGGUGAAGGCGCUGCUGCACCUGCUGGGCCGCCCCGCCGCCUCGUUCUCGACCUGGAAGCGCGCGCACAGCCACUUCAGCCCGCGGCUGUUUGAGGACAUGGCCGCCUACGACGCAACGGCGGAGCGCGACAUGGCGGUGUGGGGCCGCGUGCGCAGCUGCUACAAGGCGGCACCGGCGGCCAAGAAGCUGGACGCGGAGAUGCCGAACACGCUGUUUGGCAGCGUGGCUCUGAUGUACAUCAAGCAGGUGCGGCGGGUGGCGCGCAAGGCAGUGCUGCAGCGGGAGCUGGCGGCCAAGCUGGCCAAGGCGCAGCAGGACCUGGCCGACAAGCAGGCGGCGCUGGUUGAGGCGGAGCGCGUCAAGGCCGAGCGGGAGGCAGAGGAGGCGCGCCUGGCCGCGGAGGCGGAGGCGGCCGCCGCCGCCGAGGCGGAGGCCGCUGCGCGGGCAGCGGCUGAGGCGGAGGCGGCAGCUGCCGCGGAGGCGGCGGCGGAGGCAGCGGCUGAGGCGGCUGCUGCAGCGGCAGAGGCGGCGGCGGAGGCCGGAGAGGGUGAGGCGGUGGCGGAGCGAGAGGCUGCUCCGGCUGAGGCCGAGGCUGCUCCGGCUGAGGGGGAGGCGGCGCCGCCGGCGGAGGGUGAGGGGGAAGCGCAGCCGGCCCAGGAGGGGUCGAACAGCUCGAGCAGCUCUAGUGACUCGUCGAGUUCGGAGGAGUCCAAGGCCGCUGCGGAGUAAGAAACCUAGGGCGAACUGCGCGAGGUGUUAUUAAGGUGAUGGGUGUGCGAAGGUGUGCUUGUGGGAGGGGGGCUAUCACUGGCGGCGGUGUGUAGGGCAGCAGCGUUCGGUCUGUGUAUAUUGAUUCUUGGCCCAGCAAAGCCGUGGCGGGGUUUCUUGCUUCUGAAUUGCGAACCCGCCUCUUAGUGUGUACCGGUACUGUCAGCUAUACUGCUUGCGAUGGGAGUAGAUGGGUAGGGACCAGAACCGAUGAACGACUUCAAGCAGGUAGCCGACAAUGGGCAGGGGGGCGGCCAUGAUGCGAUGUAGACAUUGGAUGGCGAGGAAUGGGUGGGACAGGAACAAGGUAUCAGUGAUCUGAGGCGCUUGCAGAACUGAAAGGCGCUCAGAGGAAGAACGGCUGUGUUGCUGGCAGGCGAAUGUAAGCAACUUCGACU